AAUACUGUCCCCGUUUUCACCAAACCUUAUUUGGUUUCUUUCUGCAAAAGCGAGAAAACUCCAUUUUCUUUUCUUUAAUUACUUUCCUCAAUUUUAUUGACAAUACUUUGAAAACCAGAAAAAUAAUUCAUCUUUGUCUACAACUGUGCUAGUUGUUCCAGAAGAAAAUUCUCUCUCUCUCAUAAUGGUGAGAGGAUUACCCUUCACUGCCGGACUCACGGUAGUACUUACUGUUCUUGUAUUAGUCCAUAAAACUUGCAGCACCGAGAAUAAUACUCAUCAGUGUGCCCCUUCUUCCUGCGGCAACAUCCAGAACAUAAGAUAUCCGUUUAGAUUGAAGAGUGAUCCAGAAUCCUGCGGCAACCAGACGCAUGAACUGUCUUGUGAGAACAAUCAAGCAGUGUUAUAUUUAUUUGAAGGAAAAUACUACGUACAGGAAAUCAAUUACAAAAACUACACAAUCCGGUUGGUGGACUCAGUUAUACAGAAGGACAAUUACUUCUCCACUCCGAGUUAUUCUUUAUAUCGAUACAAUUUCAGUUUGCCAUAUCUGCAUACAUAUACCACGUAUGAGCAAAGGGGUACGAAGAUGUCCGGGUGGAAUCACGAACUAUCACGGAGUGUGGUUUUUAUGAGCUGUGAAAAACCAGUGAAUUCUCCACUGUAUUUGGACACUGCUACUUGCAAUUAUAAUGACAACUCUUCUUCUAUAUCUGAUUCCAAGAGGAGGUAUAGAUAUGUUAAAGUCGGUGAAACCUACGCAUCCCAAGUGGAGGACUCAUGCCAAGUAGAGAAGAUGUUUCUUACUUCGUGGCCAGUAAUUAACGAUGACCCAAAUAUCUCCUGUACGGACGUUCACCAUGAAUUAGCAUAUGGUUUUGAGAUUUCGUGGCUCGUAGGUAUUUGUAAAAGUUCUUGCAGAGGAGGUAUCUAUUCUUGCUACCUCGAUGACGCGAACCAUCUUCAAUGCGACGUCACAAAUAUUUUUGACCUUGCAGGAUUGGGUUACUCACUACUUACUUUGCUCGCGGCAGGAUGGUGUGUAAGUCUAUAUAAUUUAUUCACAGCAGGAAGACAGACUCUUGGGCGCCCAUUUAAAAAUUAUUUAUAUAUAGAUUAUAGUUACUUAUCUCUAAACAUCGUAUUAAUACACGUUGCAGCAAAAAUGUUCUUGGGAGCUCCAUGUGUGGUUGCCUUUUUGACAUAUAAGUGCCGUAGGAGGCAUUUAUCAAUGUAUAAUGUUGUGGAAGAAUUUCUGCAAAGUCAAAAUAACCUCAUGUCAAUAAGGUACUCUUACCCAGAAAUUAGGAAGAUCACCAAAGGUUUCAUGGAGAAAUUGGGAGAAGGAGGCUAUGGCUCUGUAUUUAAAGGAAAGCUUCAAAGUGGCCAACUUGUAGCUAUAAAGGUGUUGGGUAUGUCCAAAGCCAAUGGCCAAGACUUUAUCAGUGAAGUUGCGACCAUUGGCAGGAUUCACCACGCUAAUGUAGUUCAACUCAUUGGCUUUUGUGCUGAGGGACCAAGGCGCGCCCUUAUAUAUGAAUUCAUGCCUAAUGGUUCUCUUGACAAAUACAUUUUUUCUCAAGAUGGAAGUAUCUCUUUAAGUAUUGAGAAAACAUACAAGAUUUCUCUUGGAGUGGCUCGUGGGAUUGAAUAUCUACAUCGAGGAUGUGACAUGCAAAUUCUGCAUUUUGAUAUCAAGCCUCAUAACAUUCUUCUUGAUGAGAACUUCACCCCAAAAGUUUUUGAUUUCGGGCUUGCAAAACUUUAUCCUGUAGAUGAUAGCAUAGUGGCUUUAACUGCUGCAAGAGGAACAUUAGGAUAUAUAGCUCCAGAGUUGUUCUAUAAAAACAUUGGAGGUGUCUCCUAUAAAGCUGAUGUUUAUAGUUUCGGCAUGUUAUUGUUGGAAAUGGCGAAUAGAAGAAAGAACUUUAAUGAAUUUGCAGACCAUUCAAGUCAAAUUUACUUUCCAACUUGGGUUUACGAACAAGUUAGCAAAGGAAAUGAGAUAGUAAUGGAAGAUGCCACAGCGGAGGAGAAAAAAACAAUUAAGAAGAUGAUUUUGGUUGCAUUAUGGUGCAUACAAAUGAAGCCUAGUGAUCGUCCUUCAAUGAACAAAGUUGUAAAAAUGCUUGAAGGAGAAGAAUGCUUACAAAUACCUUCCAAACCUUUCUUAUUAUCACUAGAGGAUGUAAGAGAUAACUUAAAUCCAACUUGCUCAUCAAUUCAAUCAGGAGAAUCAAGUCAAUCAGCUCAAUUUCAAAUGCAAACAAUGUGAUUUGUUGGUUGAUUUACAUAGAAACUAGUGAAAGGUAUUUUAGGUGUUGCUAAUUGCAUAAUAUAUUUGGUUGUAAUUUCUACAAAAGUUUACUUGUAAUGACAAAAGUUUCAAUGUAAUUAUUUUCAAUGUCAUUUGUAACCAUUUCAUGUAAUCAAGGAUGCAUGAAGUCAGAUGAAAAUUGCCACUGUACAAGUCUUUUCAGUUCAGCGAAAUCAAGAUUG